AUGCCUUCUGAAUACCUUCAAGAAGUAGCUAAUGAUUACGAAAAAUUACUUGAAGAUAAUGAAGAUUGUAACGUUAUUAUUUACGUUGGUGAAAAUGAAAAUGUGAAGGAACUGCAUGCACAUUCUUGUAUUUUACGUAUUAGGUCCCAAUAUUUUCGUGCAGCACUCUCUAAGGAAUGGUCUGAAAAGAAAGAUGAAAAAUUUGUUUUUAGAAAACCUAAUAUUUCACCUCAACUAUUUGAAGUUAUUUUAAGAUUUAUUUAUUGUGGAAGAAUUGAUUUAGAAAAAUUGCAAGGGCCUGAUAUCUUAAAACUUUUGAUAGCGGUGGAUGGACUUGGAAUUCAAACCUUAGUCAUUCAUACACAAGAGUAUUUGAUUGAACAUCAAUUUGAAUAUUUACAACAAAAUCCUAUUGUAAUUCUCGAAACAAUUUAUCAGCAUGAGACUUUUAUGGAUUUAUUUAAUCUCUCACUUAAGAAAAUUUGUGGGGAACCAGAAAUAUUAUUUAGUUCUGAUGAAUUUAUGAGUUUGAAACCAUCUUUAUUAGAAUUACUUUUGAAAAGAGAUGAUUUGUUAUUAGAUGAAAUUGUCAUUUGGGAUAAUUUGAUUAAAUGGUGUUUUGCUCAACAUUCGAACAUUUCACAAGAUCCCACACAAUGGAAUAAUGAAGAAUUCACACUUAUGGAAAGGACAAUUAGUAAAUUUAUCCCGCUUGUAAGAUUUAAUUAUAUUUCUCCGGAAAGUUUUGCUACUAAAGUAUAUCCAUUUAAAGUUAUAAUGCCAAAAAGUUUAGUUAAUAACAUGAUUUUAUUUUACAUGGCUCAAAACAAACAAUUAAAUGAAGACAAAGGACCUCCUAGACAAUCGAAAUGUAAAAUUGAUUCCGUUAUAAUUAAUCAAAAACAUAUUGAAAUUUUUGCAAACUGGAUUUAUAGAAAAGUAAAAGUUUCCGAAUAUAUUCCUUAUAAUUUUCAUCUUCUAUAUCGAGCUAGUAGGGAUGGUAAUAUGCAUGAAGCAUUCCAUGAAAAAUGUGAUAAUAAAGGAGCUCCCUUAGUUAUAGUAAAAAUUACAAAUUCAAAUCAAAUAGUCGGAGGGUAUAAUCCACUUAGUUGGGAUACAAGUAAUACAUGGAAGUCUACUUAUGAUAGCUUUAUAUUCUCAUUUACAAAUAGAGAUGACCUUCAAAGCGCAAAUUUUGGUUACAGUAAUGGUGUUAAUUCUAUAGGUUGUUAUGGUAUUAAUGGCCCAGUAUUUGGCGAAGGUUCUGAUUUAGCUUUUUAUGGGGGUUGUUAUGGUAUUAAUGGCCCAGUAUUUGGCGAAGGUUCUGAUUUAGCUUUUUAUGGGGGUACUUGGUUUAGUCAUAUAAAUAAUAAUAAUUGUUAUCCUAAAAUUGAUAUACAAACAGGUGGUUUUAAAGCAGAUGAUUAUGAAAUUUUUCAAGUUAUUAAAAAAUAA